CUUCACGCUGUCAGACAAUCGGACUCGCGGCUCCCUUCGCGGCACCUGCCGCUCCAAGGGUCUGGGAGACGUGUUGCGCAGCUCCCAAGGCAUCGCUGCAGACACUUCACAGACCGCAUCGCCACAAACGACUACGCAUCACAUCCGCCCGCCGAUAGCUCUUAAAGCUCACAGACCCGCCGCACUCAUUAGCCUCCCUCCACGUUGCGCAACCUCCGGCAAGGUCGGCUGAACCGAAACAACAGCUCAAACCACCUCUCCUAACGUCAACACCAACAUAUUCACCCACGCCACGCUCCCAACAAUCGCAACCCAUCUUCAGCCAAGAUGACGUUAGCAGAAGAGUUCAGAAGCAGGAACUUCAGUAUAUACGGUCAAUGGACUGGAGUUCUCUGCAUCAUCCUAUGCUUUGCCUUGGGCAUUGCGAACAUCUUCCAUCUCCACCUAAUCAUCCUCUUCAGCAUAAUCUGCUUAGUGUGUGCCUUCAUCCUCAUCUUCGUCGAAAUUCCGCUCCUCCUUCGCAUCUGCCCGACAUCGGCCGGCUUCGACAACUUCAUCCGCAAGUUCAGUUCAAACUACAUGCGUGCCGGGAUCUACGGUGUCAUGAGUCUGAUCCAAUGGCUGGGAAUCAUCGUCAAAGCUACUAGCUUGAUCGCCGCAGCCGUCGUCCUCCUGAUCGCAGCCGCGUUCUAUGCUUUAGCGGGAAUAAAGGGUCAACAGUUCCAGGGCAGCAAGACGUUGGGCGGACAAGGAGUUGCACAGAUGAUUGUUUGAGCUACACUCGAUCUCAGUACAAUACAGACACACACUUCGGAGACGAUGGAGGGACUUGCGUGAGCAACGAACACAUGGAGCAAUGAGAGCGAGAUGAUGUUGUGCUAUUAC